UUACCCUUGAAGCACCCAAGCUCCCAGCUCUGAGCUGCUGAAUGGAAUUCAGCUGUGACGAAUUCACGUGGCAGGCGAGACACAGGAAGCUCGGUGGAGGAGAGGGAAGACCCUCCCUUUAAAGGGGGAGGAGGCAGCAGCUUUUUGCCCGCAGAGCAAACGAGAGGUCUUGUUCCACUCCCGCUUUCAGUUUCAUUUCCCCCCAGUGCCCUCCUUCUUGCCCUCAGCUCUCUCUCGAGGCUCAGGCGCCAUGGCCGAGGCGGGUGCUGUGGCCAAGCUGAAGGACGAGCUGACCUGCCCCAUCUGCCUGGACAUUUACAGGAACCCCGUGUCCCUGGGGUGCGGUCACAGCUUCUGCGAGGAGUGCAUCCAGAAGGAUCAGAAAUGCCAGCAGGGCUCUUCCAAGUGCCCGCUCUGCCUUUCCCCCACAGGCCCCACUGGGGAGCUGAAGCCCAACUUCCAUCUCCGCAACAUAGUGCAGAACUUUCUGGAUGCUUCUGUUCAUCAAGGGGAAGAAAAGCAGAAAGUGCAAUGCAAAGAGGAGGAAAGUUCAGACCAGCAAGAGGAGGUGAUCCUGUGUGAUUUCUGCCUUCAGGAGCCCUAUCCAGCCGUGAAGACUUGCCUGACCUGCGAGGCCUCCCUGUGCCAAGCCCACCUGAGCAAGCACAGCACAAAGAACACCCAGAACCACGUCCUGGUGGAGCCCUGUGGUGCCCAGGUUUUGGCUGAGAGGAAAUGCCCCCAGCACGGCAAAUUGCUGGAAUGCUACUGCGAGAUGGACAAGGUCUGCAUCUGCAUGCUGUGCUCCGUCCUCAGCUCCCACAGGGAGCACAAGAUCAUCAGCUUAGAGGAGGCUUUUGGCCAAGCACAGCGUGUUUUUCCCGAAACUCUAAAAGAGGUGAAAAACUAUGAAGCUGCGCUGGAUCGAAGCAUAGCAAACUUACUGGAACAAGCGGAGGAAGUAAAGGUUAAGGAGGGUCUGCAGUGGCAACGGCUGGAGAGCCUAUUCAAAGAGAUCAGUCUGCAGUUAGAGAAAAAAAAACGUGAGAUCCUGAAAGCUCUCAGUGACUAUGAGAACCAACAAAUUUCUCGGAUUCACAUGGAGUUAAAGAACCACAGAGAGCAGAAGCGUUCAGCCAGCCAUGAUAUUCAGGAGCUGGAGGCUCUGAGAAAUCAGAAAGAUAUACUUCUUUUCACCAGGGCUUUUACAGCAAUUCAAGCCAGGGAACGGAAGCCUGUUCCUAUCACGGAUGAUGUGAAAGUGCCAAACCCACCUAUUGCUUUGGAUGAAUCAAAAACACGCAAUGUUCUCUCCCUUUUCCAGCAAUUCCUUUCAAACAUGGAGUCCUCAAUUAAACCACCACCUGUUGUGCGGUUAUCAGCUCCUCACAGCGGUACAGGUGGACCCCAGCAUCCACAUUACCAAACUAUUUUUAUCCCUUCCUCUGGCUUCUCUUUUGGCUGUAACUCCUCCCAAGGCAGCUCUUCAAAUUCUGCUUUUUCCUCUGCCGCUGGCUUCUCGUUUGGCUCUAGCUCUUCAAAUCCUGCUUUUUCCUCUACCACUGGCUUCUUGUUUGGCUCUAGCUCUUCAAAUCCUGCUUCUUCCUCUACCACUGGCCUAUUUGGCUCUAGCUCUUUGUUCAAAUACUAGCUUUGGUGGGUUUUCUAAGAAAUUCUGAAAAAUUUGUAAAACCUGUGGGUUGAGAUAAGAGCAGUUUGAUAACUGAAACAAAGCAAAAUAUAAUAAUAAAGAUACAACUACUAAUGAUAACGGUAAUAGAAAGGAGCAAAGAGAGUGAGAAAAGCCAACUAAAAUAAGUGAUGCACAAUAAAAUUGCUCUCCACCUGCCCUUUCUAUGAUGUGCAGACAUUGUUCCUGAGCAGUGAUUGGCCCCUUCUGCCUACCUCCUGCUGUUUAUAUACUGUGCAUGGUGUUCUGUGGUGUGGGAUAUCCCUUUGGCCAGUUUGAGUCACCUGCCCCAGCUAUGCUCCUCCCCAGCUUUCUUGUGCAGCUCCUCACUAGCAGAGCAUGAGGCACUGAAAGGUCUUGACUUAGGACCCUUGCACUGCUCGGCAACAGCCAAACCAUCCAUCAGUGGGUUAUCAACAUUAUUCUCCUACUGAAUCAACUGUACCAGCUACUGAGAAGAGAAUGAAUUCUAUCCCAGCCAAAACCAGGACAGAACUCAAAUAUGUGCAGUGCUGUCCCAGACAUGCAGAGUGUCCAGGGUUUCUGGGAGGUGAACACCAACAAUGAGAGCUGCUGGAAGCUUGGAAUCAUUUGUGCCCUGUCUGAGUGCUGCCUGCAAGUGCCUCACGAUUACCUCUGCGUGUUCCUAGGCCAACAACCUCGAAGUGGUAUGGGCAGACUUGGACUGCUGAAGAAACACCCUGCCUCAGGCUUAUAGAGACAGUAAGCAUCCCUUUGAAGUAUCCAGUCCAUGCUGCCAUCAGCGUGUCUGAUGGCUCUUUGAAGCUCCUAUUUUGAUGUGGGGAGAAGGUGUUGCUUUGUAUUUCCAGGCCUAGGAAUUGGGACCGUUGCUGUAUAGGGGGAGGGUUGUUAAGCUGUCAUAUCAGAAAAGGGUUUAUGGGUUGCUGUGAUGGCCUCUGUGGGGUAUGUCACUGCCUCUUACUACAAGAGCUUCUCUCUUAUUUGUUCUGUUAACCAUGAUGGAAAUACUAUUAAGUUGCUCAUUUUUGCUCGGCUGUAUCAAAUACUGUGUUGGCAGCAUGUUAUUAAAGUAAUUCAGUUUGCAAAAGUCA